GUGCGCUGCAGUGGAUGCAGUGUUGUUGUGGCGUGUGGCGUGCGGAUGGAAAAGGGCUGUGCGCUGAAUUUUCGGCAGCAGACACCCCCGCUGGGGCAGUGAAUGUCCUCACUGUUUGUAUCUGAGCCUGCCCAGCGACUUGGCUGCUACAGUCAGCCGAAAGGGAAACUUUCCCAGUCUGUCACAAACAAACAUGCCGCCGACCUCCGCUGAGCUGUUAUCGGUUUGCCUGCUGUUCGUCCAAGCCUUCCCGGCGUCUUCCCAGUUUGCGUUGUCUCCAGAAGAGGCUAACCAGUUCUUGAGCAGACACAGGCGAGCGAAUCACGUUUUUGAAGAAACGAAACAAGGACACUUGGAGCGAGAAUGCGUGGAGGAGACGUGCAGCAAGGAGGAAGCCCGAGAGGUGUUUGAAAACGACCCCGAGACGGAAUACUUUUUUCCAAAGUACUUAGCUUGCAUUAACAAGUUUGGAAAUUCACAAAGCAAGUCGCAGGAUUUCAUCACUUGUGUACACAAUAUUCCGGAUCAAUGCUCCCCUUCACCAUGUAACCCAAGGGGCACAGUACGAUGUGAGGACAAGAAGGGAGAGUUCCUGUGCCACUGUUUCACAGGCUGGGCUGGAGCCCGGUGUGAGAGAGAUGUAAAUGAGUGUGACCGCAGGAAUGGGAACUGUGAGCACCUUUGUUCCAACACCCCUGGAAGCUAUAAGUGCUCCUGUAAGCUUGGAUAUUCCCUUACAGACAGGCACAGGUGUGCUGAUGUGGAUGAAUGCAGAGAAAUCCCAGGUGUCUGUGGAACGGCAUGGUGCAAAAACCUGCGGGGCUCCUAUCAGUGCCUUUGUGAUGAGGGAUACACGUACGACAACGUCACAAAGUCCUGUCUAGAUGUGGACGAGUGUGCAACAGGAGUCUGUUCAGAGAUGUGUGUAAACACACCUGGGACCUAUCAGUGCUACUGUGAUGGAAGAAAGGGAUUGAAGUUAGCACAAGAUUUGUCAAAUUGUGAGAGCAUUGAACCAUGUGUGCCCCUGAAUAACGAGAGAAACUCAAAGUCCCUCUACCUAGGCAGGAUGUUCAGCGCUGUCCCCGUAAUUAGGCUGCGUUUCCGGAGGAGAGUGAAGAUUGGGUUCACAGCAGAGUUUGACUUGAGGACGUUCGAUCCAGAGGGGGUCAUCUUCUUCGCUGGUGGCCACUUGAACAGCUCAUGGAUCGUUCUGGAGCUGCACCAAGGGAAGCUGCAGCUGCAGCUCAAAUAUGGGCCGGUCAGCCGUGUCACUAGAAGUGGGGCAAAGGUGAACGAUGGACUUUGGCACAAAAUUUCUGUGGAAGAGCAAGGGAAGAACUUGAUUAUUAAAGUGGACAGGGAGGCAGUGAUGAAGAUCGCAGUGAAUGGAAACCUCUUCACCCUAAAGAAAGGCUUGCAUGAGCUCAAUGUCACCGUUGGCGGAGUUCCUUUUAAAGAGGGAGAACUUGCAGAGAUGAUCAACCCGCGUCUGGACGGGUGUAUGAGGGACUGGAAGUGGCUGACCGGAGAGGAUACGUCCAUCGCGGAGACCAUCAGAAUGAACGAGAAAAUGCAGUGCUUCUCGCAGGAGGGCAGGGGCUCCUACUUCCCCGGCAGUGGCUUUGCACUGUUCAACGUCAGCUAUGGUGCAAACUGGUCUGUGAGUUUGGAGUUGACCGCCCUGCCCUCCUCCAGUUCGGGAGUGCUGGUCGCCAUCGUCAGCGGUGACCGAGUUCUCCUGUCCGUGGCUCUGACUGACUACCACCCCGGAACGGGUCUCAGGCAGCAGCAUGUGCUGCUGUCGAUGGCCGAUGUUAUUGUUUCCAGUGUUCAGAUGAGGACGUGCGACUCUCAGCCGCACGCAAUCAACGUCACUGUCGGAAAUAAUGUCGCAGUCCUGGAGGUGGACAGAAGGAAAGGACGAACUGAUGUCAGCCCGGUUCAGCUGGGGGAACGUCUCUCUCUCCUUGACAGAGAUAUGCAAGGUCCUGUCAGCACCUACAUAGGGGGCCUGCCAGUGGAUGUGCCCGUGAUCUCUACCCCGGUCUCUGCUUACUUCAGUGGCUGCAUGGAUAUGCUCAUCAAUGGAAACGCUGUGGAUCUGGAUGAAGCUCUCUACAAGCACAGCGACAUUCGUUCCCAUUCCUGCCCUUACGCACUAGAACCCCACUUCUCUCAGCUUUAGCCAGACCCCCUCUCCCCCAGUGUUUGUGGUUCAUAUUCUUCAAACUGAUGUAUUUUAUUUAUACUAGAAUAUUUACUAGAGCACUGCACCGAUUUCUGAAGAGCUACUGAUAAGGUUAUCUGCAGGAAAGAUUAUUUUUGCUGUAAUAUAUGUGUAAAUAUUUCUUAUCGAAAGGUUUUAAGCACGUGGUCUUACUUUUAAUAAGUUAAAACACCUAAUGCAGGGCAGCCAACAGCUGUGCUUGGGCUGUAGUGGCUUCUGUAGUGGAGGUUCUGCAGUGGCAUCAUGAGAAUGGCGGGGGGGGUUAGCACUGUGUUUUUUUCAAAUAAAUGCUAGGUAAUCCACAAAGGUUUACAUUAUCCCAGUAUAACCUCAGCCUUUCUGUGGUUGUUUUUAAAAAUAAUUUUCUGCAAUCUAUAAUUUUACUGAUCUUGUGAUUUUGAGGGUCUCAGCAAUCGGGUGCCGCCAGUCUAGGGUCCUUCAAACACUGCUGUGGCCUCACAUCCUUUCAAGUACUCUGAGGGUUAUUUAACAUUCUGCGGUUCACUAUGUCAAGUCCGGGGGGGUGUUGCUGCUCAUCCCUGUGAUGAUUCCGACUGAAUUCCACCACGAAACGCCCUGAAAGGUGGGGGAGACCUUUUCGGCAUCGUGGGUGGGAGUGUUCAUUUCUAACUGUGCGUUUACAAAUGUAAUAUCUCUGGAUUUCACGGCAGAACUGGCUGGUCACAACCUACCACCUGCUGAGUUCUGCGGGCGCGACGCCCUUGGCCGGAGGAAAUAAGAAAGCGGUCUUGCUGCGCUCACCAUUCUCCUGUUUCCUGUAGCUCCCUGCACUCCCAUGAAACUGUUUUGUCCUUCCCACUCACUACUGCAGUCAUACUGUUACCAUUCAGAUUGCUUCGGGAUUCCCUUGUAUGUGGGCUCUCGGACAUGUCCCUUUGAGAAACCUGUAUUGUUUAUUUUAUAUCUCCUUGCUGUAGAACACCCGAUAUGAUCUUUGUCAUCGAGGUGAGUGAUACUGUAUGGUGUUUUUUUUUUACAUAAAGCAUUGGUAAGUGAAACUGCAUUGAAAAUAAACAGUUAAAAGGUUA